AUGCCAGAUAACCAGUUCAGAAUCAUCGUUGGUUCUUACGAACACAACCUUUUGUGUUUAUCUUUAAAUCUAUCGCUUUCGCAACCACUAUUCACACCAAUCUUCCACUUCCAAGCGCAUUCUCUUAGUGUGAAAUGUUUGGAUAUAUCCAAAAGAUACUUGGUAUCAGGUUCUAAUGAUGAACAUAUCAGGAUCUAUGACUUACAGAAGCGUAAAGAGUUAGGUACUUUGUUGGCGCACCAAGGUUCUAUCACCAACUUGAGAUUCUCUAGAGGCAAGAAUGAGAAUGGCGAAGAUAUACAGUUAAACAAAUGGUUAUUGUCUGCAUCAGAAGACCAUAAGAUAAUUGUUUGGAGAGUGAAGGACUGGGAAAAUUUCGGAACUUUGAAGGGUCACACUGCUAGAAUUAACGAUUUUGACAUCCAUCCAUCUAAUAGGGUUGCCGUUAGUGUGAGUGAGGACCAUUCAAUUAGAUUGUGGAAUUUGAUGACCGUUAAGAAGGCUGGUGUGUUGAAACUAAGGAAAUAUAACCAAAAUGGUCAAUUUGUGAGAUGGUGCGGUGAGAAUGGCUCCCACAUUGCUGUUGGGUUAUUGACAAAGCUUCUAAUAUUCAAGACAGAAACGGCUAAGGUACAUAGAGAAAUCGAUUUUGGUAGGAAGACUGUGAUGCAUCUUGAGAGAGAAGUUAUUGAUGGGGAGGAAUAUCUAGUUGUUGGGUUGAACGACGGUAGUGUCCAAUUUUGGAAAACAUCGAAACUUUAUGAGGAUGUACCAGAACCCGAAGUCGAAGAAGAAGAAGAAGAAGAAGAAGAAGAAGAGGAGGCUAAUGACGAUAAAGGAAAAAAAGAAGCUAAAACCCCAUCUUUAGAGCCUGACUUUACCUUACUAGGUCACAGCAAUCGUGUUAAAGACUUCCAAUUUUACAAAAACGAGCAUGGUCAUUAUUUAGUCACUAUUGGAUCAGAUGGUAGAAUUGUUGUUUGGGACAUGAAGAUUAAGGACCAAAUCGCUGUCUAUGAUUCCGGUGAAAGAUUGAAUUGUGUCGCCGUAUGUGACGAAAGUAUUGAAAAAUAUGACACUGUUAAGAAGAGAACAUCAGAAGACGUAGAAUUAGGAGAACAAAGUGAAGCUGAGGCAGAUCCAGAAGAAUUGAAGAAGAUUAUGAUGGGCAAAACAUCUAAAAGCAAGAAAAAGAAGGGUUCAAAAAAGAGAAAGGUGGACAUUCAAUUGGAGUAA